ACCAACCCUGUGAGGACAAACUUGCAAGAAGCAGUGCAUGCAGAAAAAGCUCCGCAAGACAACAGUGCAGCAGCUCGGCGGGUUUUGAGGCUACAGAAGCAGCACAGCUUGUUGGGGAUUACAAUGAUUGCCACAACUCAACAAAACAUGACCACGGAGCUGGACCUGGGGAGUUCAGACGGUCCCCCGCGGAACUGGAAGGGCAUAGGAAUUGCCAUGGUGGUGAUUGUGGCUGUUAUGUCUCUGGUCAUUCUCUCCGUCAUCCUCCUCUCGCCUGAUGAAUCGCACUUGUUACUCCGUUCCCAUCUCACUAUGGAGGACCUGGAGAGUGAAGACUUUAAAGUUCAUGACCCCUCUGUGGCAUGGUUGAACGAAAACGAAGUGGCCCUCCGCACCAGAGAAGGACAUGUCCUGUCGUUCAGCCUCAACAGCAACCUCACCUCGACUCUCCUGGACAACAGCUCCCUGGACCUGACCACUACUAAAUUCCAAGUGUCUGCAGAUAAGAGGUUUGUCCUCUUGGCGUAUAACAUUCGACCGGUGUUCUCUCAGUCCUUCACAGCCUCCUAUGCUAUCUACACUGUGGCUAAUGGGGAUCUGCUGGAGCUUAACCCUCCAGAGAGUGAGAGGGCAGUGAUACAUUACGCUUCCUGGGGACCUCAGGGGAACCAGCUGGCCUAUGUGUUUGACGGCGAUAUCUACUACAAGCCGAGUGUGACCAGCAAACCUUUACGUCUCACAACCGCUGACCUGGAGCAGAAUGUGGUGAACGGGCUCUCGGACUGGACUUAUGAAGAGGAAGUGCUCUUGACAUAUGUUGCCCACUGGUGGUCUAUGGAUGGGGCACGGCUGGCAUACCUCACCAUCAACAACUCUGCCACACCUGUGAUGGAAAUACCUCACUUCUUAGGUGGUCUCUACCCGUCCAAUUUCUCUUUCCCUUACCCCAAGGCUGGCUCAAGUAUCCCAUCAGUCAGUCUGUUUGUGGUGAACUUGUAUGGUCCGGCUCACACUCUGGAGAUGAUGCCUCCUGACUCCCUCAGGGCCAGAGACAGCUACAUCUCCAUGGUGACUUGGAUCAGCAGCACCCGCCUCGCAGUUCGUUGGCUGAAUCGUGCCCAGAACCAAUCAGUGCUCUGCGUGUGCGAGGCCACCACAGGGGCAUGCUCAGAGAAACACAAAAUGGCAAUGGACAUAAUGCAAAACCAAAGGCAGGAUGUGCCGUUGUUCUCAGCAGACGGCUCUGUGUUUUAUACAAUCCUGCCAGCAAAACAGGGCGCUCGUGGAGAGUUUCACCACAUUGUCGGUCUUUCAGCCCAGCCUGCCAUCCCCUCUGUCCCUCCUCGCUUCUUGACAUCAGGGAGCUGGGACGUCACCCUGCUCUGCGCCCUCGAGGAGAAGGCAGGAAAAAUAUAUUUCCUGAGCACAGAAGAAUCCAGACAGAGCAGACACCUUUACAGUGUGGACCUGGAUGGAGUGUUUCAGCGCCGGUGCAUCUCCUGUAACCUCAUAGAUGGAUGUCGCUUCUUUAAGGCUGAAUUCAGCCCCAAUCAAACCCAUUUCACCCUCUACUGCUUAGGCCCAGGGAUCCCUAAAGUGACAGUUCACAGUACAAAGGACCCCUCCAGAUACGUCGUCUUGGAGGAUAACAGCCCUCUAUCUAAAGCUCUGGAGGACAAGAGCCUCCCUGAGGCCGUGUUCAGGACGAUACCAGCAGACAACCAUGAUCUACACCUGAAACUAUCUCUACCUCAGGGUUACGAGGCCAACCUGCACCCCCUCCUCAUCAUUGUAGAUGGCGUUCCUGGCAGUCAGUCAGUGACAGAGGAAUUUGCCCUGGACUGGCCUCAGGUCCUCUCCGGCACACACAAUGUGGCCUUGGCCUGGGUGGACGGCAGGAGUGGGGUUGGUCGUGGACAGAAGACCACAGCUGUAGAUCCACGCAAGCUUGGCUCACUCAGAGUCAAAGAUUACUUGGGAGUUGUAGAGUUGUUGAUGCAACUGCCUUACAUUGACGAUCGACGGAUGGUCCUCUAUGGCAAGGCAUUUGGUGGUUAUUUAACUCUCAAGAUGUUAGCUGCCACUGAUAAGCUCUUUCAAUGCACAGCCGUCGUGGCACCGAUAACUGACUUCAGGCUUUAUAGUGCUGCAUUCUCAGAGAGGUAUCUUGGCCUUCCAGCAAAGGAGGAGCAUGCAUACUCGACUGCCUCUUUGCUGGAGGAGGUUAACAAGCUGAAAGAUGAGAACUUCCUUAUUCUGCAUGGAACUGCAGAUGCGAGGGUACACUUUCAGCACAGCGCUGAGCUCCUGAACCGACUGGUGAAGGUGGAAGCCAACUACUCACUGCAGCUGUACCCAGACGAGGGCCACAUCCUGAGAGAGCCGCGCAGCAUCCAGCACUUCCAGCGGACAGUGGUGAACUACCUCCAAACCUGCUUGAAGCACAGCGUCCUCCUAGAUCCCGUAGAGGACGAUGAGGAAGAAGACAACUGAGCCCAGAGCACCUGCCCUUCUUCUAAAAAGGACUCUCUUAGGACUGUAUGCCAUCUUAUGCAUUACCUUGGGUCGGAUUACCAGGCACAAGAACACAGGAGUGGGGACCAAGCACAUCAGAUCACCUCCUACAACUUCUGGAAAAAUUGACGUACUCUUAUACCUUGUUGCACACAAUUAUUUCUGCUCUUAUACUGUAUGUUUGAGGCCCUCUUUGUUUACAGAAUUCACUUGAGAUGAUGUGGACUAGAAGGCUACUGAUUCUGCCAAAAGUUUACAAAGAUUUUAAAACAUGCAUGUCGUAAUGGCUGCAUGAUGUGGAUUAGUUUACAUUGCAUCUUCUGUGUUUUGCUGGUCUAAAUCUCACCCAACAGGGUUAAAAAUGCAAAAUCUGCCAACAGCCGGGAACACACUAGGAGGACUUUUUUAAAAAUCCUAAUUAAUGCUAUGAGAAGACUAAUGACUGCUGGUUUUCUAUACAGAGCUCUAAAUAAACCAGCUAAGACUACAGGAUCUCAUUCAGAUUAAUGUAGAUUCCAGUCAUACAAAUUCAAACAAUUGGGACAGCAAUACAAGAUAUUUUAAUUCUAAACUCUAAGGCUACGUUCACACUGUAAGCCUAAGUGCUCAGUUCAGAUUUUCUUUUAGUUUUUUUAACUGUUCACAUUAUUUUUUAAAUGUGGCCCAUAUCAGAUUCCAGUGUGAACAGGUCACAGUCCUGAAGUGUCCCACAUGAGGAACAUAGAUCCAGAGGGACGUAAAAGUCAAAUGAAUUGACCGUUCACACUGAGGUCGCAUUGCAAAAAAAAAAUUGGACUUAUAUUUGAUUUGGACCACAUAUGAAAGUGGCCCAAAUCAGUAUUGAAAAGAUCAGAUUGCAUGUGAUUUGUGCCGUUUACACUGUCAUGAAAAAACAGAUCUAAGUCAUAUAUGAGCAUAAAAUAAAUAAAUCAGAUUUUGGUUGUGUGUGCCAGUAGUGUGAAUGUAGCUUAAGAUAACGCCAACUGGUCCUACUGGCUCUGUCCUGGCAAAACUCUCCACAGUAUUUAAGAUGUCAUUGUAAAGAGUUAUUUUAGGUCUUUUGUAUAGUGUGUUCCUGGCUUACAUAAAGUGUAAUGAAACAUAUGGAUCAUUCUGAAUGUGCCAAACACAUUUUGUGGACUUUAUCCACUGGUUUUAUUAGCAUUACUUUGCAUUAUGUGAUCAAGAAUGAGUAUGCAACUGAGACUAUUUACACCACAAGCUCUAAUUCAAGAAUGAUUGCAAGAACGUAUAUGUAGGUCUAUCUAUGUACUGUAUUUGAAAGUACAGUAUGUUUCUGUUUUGAUACAUCUCGGCAUUUUAAUCAUUUCUUGUGUAUUGCAGAAUUAAAUUAUUUCUUUGGACAAA